UCCUUGGCCUAAGCAGCUUAAAUUCAAGGAGCGGCUUCUCUUGGUAGGGUUGCUUUGAUCGUUUGUGAGAUUUUGCGCGAGAGAGAGCUAGCUAUGGCGGAAGGCGACGUCGAGCGCUUCGCGUUCCAGGCUGAGAUCAACCAGCUUCUCAGUCUCAUCAUCAACACUUUCUACAGCAACAAGGAGAUUUUCUUGCGGGAGCUCAUCAGCAAUGCCUCGGAUGCUCUCGACAAGAUCCGCUUCGAAGGCCUCACUGACAAGAGUAAGCUUGAGAGCCAGCCGGAGCUCUUCAUCCACAUCAUCCCCGACAAGGCCAGCAAGACCCUGACCAUCAUCGACAGCGGUAUUGGAAUGACGAAAUCCGAUCUCGUGAACAACCUCGGCACAAUUGCCAGGUCUGGCACCAAGGAGUUCAUGGAAGCCUUGGCCGCUGGCGCCGAUGUGUCCAUGAUCGGUCAGUUUGGUGUUGGUUUCUACUCGGCUUACUUGGUGGCCGAGAAGGUCGUGGUGACGACCAAGCACAACGAUGACGAACAGUACAUUUGGGAGUCUGAAGCCGGUGGUUCGUUCACCGUGACCCGGGACACCACUGGCGAGAGGCUGGGACGUGGAACGAAGAUUGUUCUCUAUCUCAAGGAGGAUCAGCUUGAAUACCUCGAGGAGAGGAGGCUCAAGGAUCUGAUCAAGAAGCACUCCGAGUUCAUCAGCUAUCCCAUCUCCGUCUGGGUUGAGAAGACGACCGAGAAGGAGAUCUCGGAUGACGAGGAGGAGGAAGAGAAGAAGGACGAUGAGGAAGGAAAGAUCGAGGAGGUUGACGAAGACAAGGAGAAGGAGAAGAAGAAGAAGAAGACCGUGAAGGAGGUGUCUCACGAGUGGAGCCUUGUCAACACCCAGAAGCCGAUCUGGAUGAGGAAGCCCGAUGAGAUCACCAAGGAAGAGUAUGGUGCCUUCUACAAGAGCUUGACAAACGACUGGGAAGACCAUCUGGCAGUGAAGCACUUUGCCGUGGAGGGGCAGCUCGAGUUCCGGGCCAUCCUGUUCGUUCCUAAGCGGGCUCCCUUUGACCUCUUCGACACGAGGAAGAAGCUUAACAACAUCAAGCUCUACGUGCGCCGGGUGUUCAUCAUGGACAACUGUGAGGAGAUCAUCCCCGAGUACCUUGCCUUCGUCAAGGGAGUGGUGGACUCGAACGACCUGCCGCUCAACAUCUCCCGCGAGAUGCUCCAGCAGAACAAGAUCCUCAAGGUGAUCCGGAAGAACCUGGUGAAGAAAUGCCUGGAGAUGUUCGCCGAGAUCGCGGAGAACAAGGAGGACUACAACAAGUUCUACGAGUCCUUCUCCAAGAACAUCAAGCUGGGGAUCCACGAGGACAGCCAGAACCGGCAGAAGCUGGCUGACUUGCUCCGCUACCACUCGACCAAGAGCGGCGACGAGAUGACGAGCCUCAAGGACUACGUGACGCGGAUGAAGGAGGGCCAGAAGGACAUCUUCUACAUCACGGGCGAGAGCAAGAAGGCGGUCGAGAACUCCCCGUUCCUGGAGAGGCUCAAGCGCAAGGGAUACGAGGUCCUCUACAUGGUGGACGCGAUCGACGAGUACGCGGUCGGGCAGCUCAAGGAGUACGACGGCAAGAAGCUGGUCUCGGCCACCAAGGAGGGGCUCAAGCUCGAGGACACGGACGACGAGAAGAAGAAGUUCGAGGAGAAGAAGGCGGCGUUCGAGGGGCUGUGCAAGGUGAUCAAGGACAUCCUGGGCGAGAAGGUCGAGAAGGUGGUGGUCUCGGACAGGAUCGUGGACUCGCCGUGCUGCCUGGUUACCGGCGAGUAUGGAUGGACCGCCAACAUGGAGAGGAUCAUGAAAGCUCAGGCGCUCCGGGACAGCUCCAUGUCGAGUUACAUGAGCUCGAAGAAGACGAUGGAGAUCAACCCGGAUAACUCGAUCAUGGAGGAGCUGAGGAAGCGGGCGGACGCGGACAAGAACGACAAGGCGGUGAAGGAUCUGGUGCUGCUGCUGUUCGAGACUGCGCUGCUCACGUCGGGAUUCAGCCUGGACGAUCCAAACACUUUCGGGUCGAGGAUCCACCGGAUGCUCAAGCUGGGGCUGAGCAUUGACGACGAUGUUGGUGCUGGAGCGGACGCGGAUGUGGACAUGCCGCCGCUGGAGGAGGGCGCGGACGCCGAGGGAAGCAAGAUGGAGGAGGUCGACUAGACACGAUUUUUCACGAUUUUUGGGAUUAGUUUCAAGAGUGUUGUGCUAAGAUACUAUGAUCUAAGAAGAUACUUUCAUGAAAAAGAGUACUGAUCUAAGAAGAUACUUCAAUUAAAAAGAGUGUUGUACUAAGCUGCAAAA